AUUGUUACAGCUCACCGCAGCAUGAGAACAGUCACAAAUUACUUCCUGGUCAACCUCUCGUGCGCCGAUCUGAUGAUGGCGUCUCUCAACUGCCUCUUCAACUUUAUUUACAUGUUGCACAGUGACUGGAUCUUCGGCUUGUGGUACUGUCAGCUGAGCAACUUCUUGGCCAAUGUAACGGUGGCAGCCAGCGUGUUCACUCUCACGGGGAUCUCUUUCGACAGGUACCAGGCCAUAGUAAGGCCACUGCAGCCAAGAAUGUCGAAGACGAGCUCCCUCAUCACCAUAGCAGCCAUCUGGAUCAGUGGCAUGCUGCUGGGACUGCCUUGCUUGCUGUAUUCAACCACGAAAGAAUAUUGGUCCAAAGGGAUUAUGAAGACUGCGUGUUUACUAUCUUGGCCGGACGGUUUGCCUGACGUAUCUUAUAUGGAUUUCACAUAUCAAGUGUUGUUCUUCGUAGUCACGUAUGCAGUCCCAAUAUUGGGGAUGACAUUUUUUUACGCAGCAAUGGGAAGGGUGCUAUGGCGAUCACGGUCAAUAGGAGAACUGACUCAGAGACAAGUGGACGCAAUCCGGUCGAAAAGAAAGGUUGUGAAAAUGUUCAUCUUAAUGAUAAUUAUCUUCGGCCUCUGCUGGUUGCCGUACCACUCGUACUUCAUCUACCUGCACUUCAACCCGACGAUAUUGUACAAGAAAUAUAUACAACACAUAUACCUCGGGUUCUACUGGCUGGCGAUGUCCAACGCUAUGGUCAACCCUAUCAUCUACUAUUGGAUGAAUGCUAAGUUCAGGGCAUACUUCAGGCUGGCAAUCCUGUGUCGGUGGCGAAGCACGUGUCGGCGUCCGAAGCGGUCGCUGCCCGACUCGCCGCCAGAAUGUCUCUCUCACUCCGGCAGCAGAUCCCGAUCAGGUUUUUACACGUUAACCGAACUUAUGGAGCUCUGCGUGUCCAAUAUAAUAACGCCUUCAGGAUCCUGUUCGGACUGCCGCGUUAUUGAAGCGCAAACUAAUUGGUUCUACACCAUGAGGAAACGCUGGGCUUCCUUGCUGCCCCGCGUGCACGCCAGCUCGGACAGUAUACCGAGUGUGUUAGCAAACCAGUAG